AACAAAAUAUAAACUUUUGUUUUAGUGGUUAUGUUUUGUUUACUGCUGUGCUCUUCGUCGACGGCGUAAGUAUUUCAAGAGUUUUCGAGAUUUCUGUGCGAAAGACCGCACGAAAAUGGUGAAAGAUGGGGCGCAGAGCAAGAAGAAACCCAACAAGAAUAGCGAUUUCGAUGCGAGCGGCGAUAUUUAUAAGAAAGCUGUGAGUUUUGAAGAAAAGGAGGCCACCCAAAGGUCUGCGGAGAAAGAUGCUGGACUAUACUUGCAAACAUGUUCGGACAUCAGGCAACUGCUUGCCGAUAUUUACAAAGAGAAGUGUGAGGAGAAGGAGAAUAAGAGUUUGAUUAUGCUCAAAAGGAAGGAAGCCUGCUUGAAAAUCGUUCUGUUGAAAAAAUUGAAUCGAUUGGAGAAGGUCAGAAUGUCGAUGGCAAGGGAACAGUUGAAUCAAGAAAAGCAAAAAUUGGAUAGCAUUAAUCUGCAGUUCCAGAACCUGCUGUACGAGCUGGCCCAUUUGUGCUCGGAAUUUGAAAAAUGCAGGCAAUAUAAAUCGAAGGAUGAGGAUAUUCAGUUGAUUUCCACUGAGGAAUUCUUGAAGGUUGCUCCCGAAGAAGUUGUCGGCAAAUUUACAGAGGUGCAAACUGCUGAUAAUAACUUGAGGCAUGAGCUGCAUCUGGCGAUGCUGGAGCACGAGCUGCAGCAGAGGAUCAAACUAUCCAAACUGUGCGAUACGCUGGAUAACGAGAAGAGGCUGUUGGGUAAAGAUAUCGUGAAUCGUAAAGAGAAAUUGGACGCUUUGGGGCCGACGUUAUCGAACAUAAUCGAGGCGACUAAACCGCUGCAGGAGCUGCUGGGGUUGCCUCUGGAGAAGACCAGGAACGAGCAUAAGAUGGCCAGUUUAUUGCCUGAUGAGCUCUAUUUGCUUUACUACAACGGCGAGGGUUACAAAGUUAUCGAUUCGAGGAUAGCAAUUGAAAUCGUUGGGGAUCAGGAGGAGGCGCAGCAGUUCAACGCGAGUCGUUUGAAUAUCGUUGAAGACUCCGACGCUGAUUCGUUGGAGGAACCUGAACCUAUGGAGGGUAAGAAAAGGAGGCACAGGAAGGCUUCGCUGAUCGAUAAGAUGGAGGAGAAGAAACGGAAGAUCCUCGAACCGCAUCCUCUUUCCAUCGAGAUUACAAUGGACGUACCGAACGGUGGGCCGCAGCUGAAGAUCAAGUUCUUGUACAGGGUGCAACUUAAGAUCAUUACGGUCACCUCGAACGUGGAAAUACCUUCGAAAAUCACCGGGAAUUGCGCGAAAGAAGUGCUGUCCGGUGAGGGUAUUCUCAACGAGAUCUUCGAUGGGGACACCGGGAAGGAAAGUCCCAACUCGAAGAACCAGUACCAAUUGGAUAAAGUUAACUUGGGAACGUUCGAAUCGCUCAUCCAGAAGAUCGGGUUUGCUUACGGUUGGGCCCACAAGUUGUGCGGAUUGGAAUUCAUGAAGAAACCAGGUUGUAAACUUACCAACAAGGUGAGUCCCAGUUACGUGGAGUCCGUGCUGAGGUCGCUCAGGAGCAGAUUGGACGCGAGGUACGCGCUCGCCGAGCAACUGCAGCAGCUCGAGCAGAACUUCAUUCCGAUGAUACCGAGCGAGGUGGAGCAUCCGAAGACGGCGACGUCCGUCCUCACCAAGUUCGCACCGAUGAGCUUCGCGCGGUUCUGCACGGAAACCCCGAACUCCGUGAAACUGGUCGAGGAGGAGAUGGCGAGCGCCAACGAUCUCUUCUACUCGGCGACCGUGAUCAGGCACAAGUCCAUCCUGAGCGCAUCCAUCGUCAUCAAGAACACCUACCCGAUCAGAGCGCCGCUCUUCCUGCUCACCGUCAAAUCCAACGGUGAUCACAGCGCCACCAAUUCGGAUGACAUCAGGGAUAUGGAGAGGGCUUUGAAUUUGGGCUGGCAGACGGACGAGAAGAGCGCCGGUUGGCUGCUCGCCGUCCAAUUGCGAUACUUGUGCUCAUUCUUCGACGUUUACCUGGAGAGCGUCGAGUCUUCCUCUAUCACAGCGUCAGGAGCUACACCCACGCAGAGCACAGUCUUCUUCAGGAGCGUCUGCGCCCGGAAUCGCAGACGCCCAUUCAAAUACCGUAAAGUGGGGAACGGCGUUUUCACCCAAUACUAGAUGUUCAAAAAAAAUCAAUUAAAACAGGUGUUUUACAUUCAUAAGAUUAUUAGGGAAAUUAAGAAAAUAUAUGAUUUACUUAAA